UAUACAAGCUCUUUCACAAUAAUCAAAAAUAAGAACUAUGUUUUUUGUUUCAGUCGCUCCUCUGUCCGCGAGACUUGCGACGAAUAACGGAAACAAAGUGCAAGCUGAAGACGCCGAUACAGUCCAGAAGAGUAAACAACUAUUUAAAAUUAACAAUGUCAAAUUAAACGACCAAUUAUUAUUAUUAGAUACCAACAAUAUAACUGACAUGAAUAGAUUAACAGCUGAUUGUGUGGUCAUAUUAUAUGAUAUUUUCAAAAAGCCCGAGGGAGGUGUACCAAUAAAAAGUGAAUCACUGGCGACAAUGCCACCAAGUAUUAGUUCUUGGAACAGUCAGUGUCAUAUUGAAAAUGCCUCUAAAGAUUUUAACUGUCAGGCAGUUACUUGGAAUGAAGCCACUAGACAUACGAUAGGAGACAUUCGACCAGUUACUAUUAAACUGAAAGUUACUGAGCUUAAUGUUACGAAAACUUCACAAAGUAAAACUUAUUGUUCAAAUAAUUACAAUAGUGAUGAUAGUUUGCUUAAUGUCAAAAAUGGGUAUAUUUGUGAUGUAUGCAGAAAUACGUUUAAAUGGAAAAGUCUCUUAGUUAAACACGUAAAGACUCACAGUGAAGUGAAACCGUUCACUUGCAAGUUUUGCCAAUUCAAAACUAAAUAUAAAUUUAGUUUAAAUAAUCAUAUGCGAACUCACACGGGUGAAAAACCUUUUAAUUGCGCAUUAUGCAAAUAUAAAUGUGCGGAUUCUAGAAAUUUAGUGCAACACAUGAGAACUCACACGGGUGAAAAACCUUACAUUUGUAAGUUAUGUGAUUAUAAAUUUGCACGAACUAGUCAGUUAGUGAGACACAUGAGAACUCACACUGGUGACAAACCUUUUACUUGCGAGCUAUGUGAUUACAAAUGCUCACAUAAUAAUAGAUUAGUGCAACACAUGACAACUCACACGGGUGAAAAACCUUUUACUUGCGAGUUAUGCGACUACAAAUCUACACAAAGUAGUCAUCUAGUGCGACACAUGAGAACUCACACGGGUGAAAAACCUUACAUUUGUAAGUUAUGUGAAUAUAAAUGUGCAGAGAAAAGUCAUUUAGUGCGCCACGUGAGAACUCACACGUGUGAAAAACCUUUUAAUUGUACAUUAUGCAAAUAUAAAUGUGCGGAUUCUACAAAUCUAGUGGAACACAUGAGAAUACACACGGGUGAAAAACCGUACAUUUGUAAGUUAUGUGAUCAUAAAUUUGCACGAAGUAGUCAGUUAGUGAGCCACAUGAGAACUCACACUGGUGACAAACCUUUUACUUGCGAGCUAUGCGAUUACAAAUUUACACACUGUAGUAAUCUAGUACGACACAUGAGAAUUCACACGGGUGAAAAACCUUACAUUUGUAGGUUAUGUGAUUAUAAAUUUGCACGAACUAGUCAGUUAGUGAGCCACAUGAGAACUCACACUGGUGACAAACCUUUUACUUGCGAGCUAUGCGAUUACAAAUGUUCACAUAAUAAUAGCUUAGUGCAACACAUGAGAACUCACAAGGUUGAAAAACCUUACAUUUGUAGGUUAUGUGAUUAUAAAUUUGCACGACCUAGUCAGUUAGUGAGCCACAUGAGAACUCACACGGGUGAAAAACCUUUUGCUUGCGAGCGAUGCGAUUACAAAUGUGCACGUAAGUCUAGUCUGGAUAGGCACAGGAGAAUUCACACUGAUACAAAUCCUCCGUCAUGUUCGUGAGCCGCACGCGGCACUCCGCCGCCGGCGCAUGCUCAGGAGAUACACUCUUGUUGAACUGUUUGCUGAAGCAUUGUCAUGUUGUAUUAUUAUCUAUACAUAUAAUAAAAUUGUAGAAAAGUGGUGUCUGUACAAUGGAAAUAUAUAGAAAAAAGUAGCAGGGGUUGUUAUUAUA